GUGACCAGCAACUCUCCUACAGCUCUUCAGAGAUUCCAGCUCUUUUCAGUGAGUCGGAUCAUUUAGUUCAACUCACAAAUAAGAGUCGACUCUUUGGGGUUCCACAUGGUUCAUCUCCGUUUGGAAACCACAAAGGUUUAAUAGAAGCAUAAAAUGGCAGAAGCUUCAUCACCACAACCAAUAAAAGGCAGAAGGAAAAGCAUGGAAACACCAGGGUCUUUUUCCACAGAACUGAAGAGGAUUCAGCAGUAUGCAGUGGAUGUGACUCUGGAUCCUGAUACAGCAAAUCCUGAACUCAUCCUGUCUGCUGAUGGAAAACAAGUGACACAUGGAGACACACCACAGGAUCUCCCUGAUACACCACAGAGAUUUAAUGAUUUUCUCUGUGUUCUGGGAAAGCAGAGUUUCUCUUCAGGGAGAUUUUAUUAUGAGGUGCAGGUCAGAGAGAAAACUAACUGGAUAUUAGGAGUUGUGAGAGAGAACAUUAACAGGAAGGAGUCGUGGUUUACACGGGAUCUUCAGGAUGGAUUCUGGACUGUGGAUCUGAGGAGUCAUAAUCAGUAUGUGGCUAAUGCUCGUCCUGAUAUGCCCCUCACAGAGAGAGAGAAGGUGGAGGUGGUGGGGGUGUUUGUGGAUUAUGAGGAGGGUCUGGUCUCCUUUUAUGAUGUGAAGUCCAGAUCUCAUAUCUACUCUUUCACUGGUCAGUCUUUCACUGAGAAACUCUAUCCUUUAUUCAGUCCUUGGUAUAAUUAUGGAGGUAUGAAUUCAGCACCACUGAUCAUCUCUCCUGUAUUUAACACUGAAUGAAUUUUCACCUCAUAAAUUUAAUCAUCUAUUAAAUGUUGAGUAUAAAAAGAAAUAUUUUACAUUUUCGGAUUCAUUUUAGAAAUAUAUAUUCUCUUUAAAGUGCUGUAUUUGUGUGUGUACAGAUAAUUUAAAUUCCUGGUUUUAUUUGUAAUCCUACAGUCUGUUAUGUUUGAUUCUAUGACAUUAUGAUUGUGUAACUUUGUCAUUACAAAUCACAUAUUAAUAAAAGAUCAUUUACACUUA